UCCUCCUCCUCCUCGUCCUCGAGGCCUGCACGCUUUUCCGGCCGCCGUUUGCCGUUGCUGCCGCUUCUUCUCCUUCUCGUUCCGUCCUCCUUCCCGCCUUCCCUCCUCCCUCCCUCUUUCCUUCCGCCAUGGAGGCGAGCAACGCCGCCUUCAGCAACCACAGCAGCCCCGGACGAGGCGCCUGCAUCGUGAUUGGAGACGACGAGCAGGGCUACGAUCUUGACUUAUUCUGCAUCCCCAAACAUUACGCGGACGACUUGGAAAAGGUCUACAUCCCGCACGGCCUCAUUAUGGAUCGGACAGAAAGGCUGGCGCGGGAGAUCAUGAAGGGCAUGGGAGGACACCACAUUGUGGCCCUCUGCGUCCUGAAAGGCGGCUACAAAUUUUUUGCUGACUUGCUGGACUACAUCAAGGCCCUGAACCGGAACAGCGACAGGUCCAUCCCGAUGACGGUCGACUUCAUCCGGUUGAAGAGCUACUGCAAUGACCAGUCAACAGGUGAAAUAAAGGUCAUCGGAGGGGACGACCUCUCGACCUUGACUGGGAAGAAUGUCUUGAUUGUAGAAGAUAUCAUUGACACCGGGAAGACCAUGAAAACCCUCCUCUCGCUGCUGAAGCAGUACAACCCAAAGAUGGUGAAGGUGGCCAGCUUGCUGGUGAAGCGGACGCCUCGAAGUGUCGGAUACCGGCCUGACUUUGUCGGAUUUGAAGUGCCAGACAAGUUUGUGGUGGGAUACGCUCUAGAUUACAAUGAAUACUUCAGAGAUUUAAAUCACAUUUGCGUGAUAAGCGAGACUGGGAAGCAGAAGUACAAGGCGUGACGAGCACUGGUUUCUCCAGCCGACUUCCACGGCAUCCAUCUUCCAUGGCCUUCGGCUCCGGUUACCUGCUUCCCGUUGUGGCGUGUCAUUUUGCUUGCUCUAAUUUAUUGCGUGUACAGUAUGGGAACCGUGUCUUUCUCAUCCACAUCUGAGAAACAGACAGAGUGCAAUUGUUUUCCCCUUUCUUCCUUCCUUUCUCCCUUCUAUCCAUCCUUCCUCUCUCUCUCCUUCCUUCCUUCCUCUUCCUCCUUUUUUUUUUUAAUUUGCACUAAACGAUGCUCCUGGUUCUCACUCCUUUCCUUUUGAAAAAUUUGCUCCAAGUUCAGCUCUCCAAGGCAUCCUCACCCUUUCUUUCAACCUCAUCAGCUCAGAACUGAAAUAGUUAUAUAAGUACUGUAAAUGUAUAAGGCAUUUUAAGAUGGGAAAAUCUAUAUUAGUAAUAUUUUUUUAAGGAAAAAAACACAAAUAAUUUAAGUUUUAUAUAUUGCAGUGAAUGCAGGAAUCAGGGGUGAAUAGGGGAUGGCUGCUAUGCCCUUUGAAAGAGGGAGUCGCCGUGGUUUUGGAGGGAGUCUGGACACUGUUCUGCUCGACGGCUUUCCCGAGAGUUGCCUUACUUGCCUCUUCAGUGGAGUAUAUAUCGAAAGAACAAGUGACGAAACUGAAUGUUUUCCAAGCAGUUACCAAGCUUUAGGAAUAAUAAUAAUAAGAGUAAUAAUAAGGGCACAGUCCACUCCCGCAAAUCCUGUAGAUGGAAACGGGCAUUAGUUCCCCCACUUUGGUGGAUUGUGUCUUAGUGUCUCCUCGUUCCCUGCCUCUGUCAGCUUUAGCAGAGAUGCCUUUCACAUCUAAGAACCACCUUUCCGUGUGAAAAAAAAGUGAUUGUAAUGUCGUACAAAGUGCACCGAAAACAACGCACUUUAACAAUAAAGCCUGUCUCUCCAAA